AUGAUAUUGAGCAACCUCUUCCCAAACUCCAUAACGUCCCAGUGCCAGCAAGCACAUUCCUCGCCAGCAACUGCACAGCGCUCCCUUCACCCACGUACAUCCAUCCCCUCCCUCGUUGUCACUAUCGCAUAUACCGUCGCCAUCACUAUCAGCCCCAGCAUCACAUCACCAUCAUCCGCGCAGCAUCACCUUCACCCUUUCAGCAAGACCAAAGUUUCCUCCAAGCAGAGGACGCAUCGGUCACACAAGAAUCCCCCCUACCUCCCAUCCCCCACACGUGACCAGACCACGUACGAAAUCUUCCCUUUUAUAUCUCCUCUCCCAGUCACAAGGCCCCCUACCUCCACCCCAAACCCCUCCUCCACACCCUCCACGCCCAUACCCACCGCGACCGGCAGUUUUCCCCUCAAAAAACCCUCCCCUCUCUCCCUGCUCGCGGCCAGCCAACUGCCUCGCGCCCUUGCUGUCUCACCGGCCUUCAACUCUGCUGAGCCAUCCACGUGCCCCUCGCUCGGCGCUCCUAGCCAGCAGACCCGGCCCAUACAGACUCACCCACCUCCCCCAAGUCAACUAAGAGCCCUAAGAGACCCAAAACCAACACGCCAAAGAAGACCAAGGUUGAAGCUUCUACACAAUUGUCACCCAGACACAAACGAAGAAGACAUAGAACAACACUUAUCAAAAAAGCUUUCAAAAGAUUUCAAGUGCAAAAGUCCAUAA